AUAUUUGCUCAAGAUGCUAAAUAUUUAUUAUAUUCCAUGAGAAGAGGUAGAUUCCUGACAUGGGGCAUCCUUGUCCAACUUUCAUUUCUCCGCGUGUGAUUCCCCUUUUAGUCACUAGGGAGAGACCUUUCAACACGGAAAACAGCUGGUUGACUCCGGGUCCAACAGCAGUCAAACAGGCAGGGGCAGGCAGCCGCAGUCAUCCUCAUCAACCGCACGCUGAUCUGCGGAUCACAUCGUCCACCGGAUGAAUAACGACAUCGCCGAACCUGACCCAUCCCGGCAGCGCAAUGGUGUCGUGGAAGGGCUUUAUGGAGAAUUCACGGACUCGCUCAACGCAAAGGUCAGAUAUUCUGUGAGUUUGACUGAGAGUGCUCUCACUAUUCAAAAGAUCUCAUCGUCACCUGGACAGGAUGAGGUGGUUUUCCAUUUAGCUGACUGUCUUGGCUGCCUGGCUUAUAAAGUGGAGGACGAAGCGGAUGUUGGAGCGUUCUUUACAGCCUAUUUCUACCCGUUCAAGAGGCGAUGGAUAAGCACAGGCAUGGCCCGGCAGAAAGUAGAGCAGUGCUUUCGGGUCGCACUGGUCCAGGACCCUCUCACUAAUCUUCAAGAGGCAGAGAGAUGGGCGCGUGCCAUCAGAGAGGCUUCUAUCCGCCAGAUACCCCGACGACAUGAUGUGAAGUAUUAUGAGCUACGGCGGCCCUGCAGGGUCAUGGUUCUGGUGAACCCACAGAGUGGGCGGGGCCAGGCUCUCCAGCUUUUCUCUGGGCAAAUCGAGCCCAUGCUCACAGAGGCUUCAGUCCCCUACACAUUGGUCAUCACUGAGCACCAGAACCAUGCGAGGGAUCUGGUGAGAGAGACUGAUCUGUCACAGUGGGACGCUCUGGUCAUCCUGUCAGGAGACGGGCUGCUGUUCGAGGUGUUGAAUGGUCUUCUGGAGAGAGAGGACUGGGAGGAGGCCAUCCAGACCCCACUGGGCAUCUUACCAGGGGGCUCGGGCAACGCCCUGGCAGCCUCUGUCCACCACUACACUAAGUCUCCCCCGGCCUGGGGUAAGGAGCUGCUGCUGAGCUGUGGCUUCCUGCUGUGUAAAGGCCUGGUGACUCGGCUCGACCUGGUCUCUGUCCACCUGGCCUCCAGCCAGCGCAUCUUCUCCUUCCUCUCCCUGGCCUGGGGCUUCGUGGCCGACGUCGACAUCGAGAGCGAGAAGUACCGCCUCGUUGGCCCCAUGCGAUUCCUGGUGGGUACGCUGAUGCGCCUGGCCUCCCUCAAGGUAUAUCAAGGUAGGCUGGCAUACCUGCCUGCUCCUCCCUUCACACCCCAGAACUCCUCCCUCUGCUCCUCUCUACCCUGUGGGCCCAACAGCUCCCCCAAUCAGAACUCUCGCCACAACCACAUCACAAACUCCAACCACAGCACAAACUCCAACCACAACACCGCCCACAACUCCUCCAACAUUGCCAUCACAACCAUGAGGACCAAGCCUCAACCAGUCAACCAGAAGGGGCCUCCUGACUCGCUCCUAGCAGACCUGGAGCAGCCGGUGCCUGAUCAUUGGACAGUAGUGAAUGAGGAAGACUUUGUACUGGUAUUGGCCAUGUUCCAGUCCCACUUGGCUGAGGACCUGUUUGCAGCCCCUGGGGCCACAGCAGACGACGGCUUCAUCCACCUGUUGUAUGUGCGUGCAGGCAUCUCCAGGCUAGCUCUGCUCACACUCUUCAUGACCAUGGAGAAGGGGGGGCACCUGGCUAUUGGCUGCCCACACCUUGUGUAUGAGAGGGUGAAGGCCUUUCGCCUGGAGCCUCUGUCCCCCGAGGGAGCGAUCACUGUGGACGGGGAGAUGGUGGAGUACGGGCCAGUACAGGCCCAGGUUCAUGAAGGAAUCGCCAGGCUCAUCUCAGGCUGAGAAUCUACUCUGAGAGUUUGUCCUCCCCACAGCUCUGACUUCUUGCUCCCUUUCUUACUCUGUCUACUGUACAUACAAAGUGCCAAAGACAUUAUAUCAGCCUUUGGAAAAUCCCCCCUCUUUUUUUCUACAGAUACAUUCAGUAUCUAUCUCUGUGUCCUGUUGUUUAGAGAUCCCUCCCUUUCCUCUCCAUGCUUCAUUCAGGGUCAAUGCCAUGGAUGUUCUUUCAGCUGGCUGGUCUCAGCUAAGAGUGUGUGUGUAUGAUAGUGUUUAGUGAGCGGUGUGUUUAGUAGGGAGGGGCCCAUGGCUGUGGAGUACCUUGUGUACACUUAUUAGUGUGACACAAGUGAAGAGAAGCACAUUCUUCUGUCCCGCGAGGAAGUGGCAGGCAACCAGCUCUACGCCCGCUAUCUAGCCCCGGGGUAAUCAUUCUGUGGAGGAUGAGACACAGUUCUGACAUGAAGGCCUUCCCCCCUCAGGAUAUACUGUUCGAGUCAUGGAUGUAGGUUCUCUAUGGAGAAGCACAACAUUGGAGAAUGCAGCAUUGUAAACUUCCACCAAUGAUAUUAGGUUACUCUUCUCCCUCUCACCAGUGAAAACCUCUCCUUUACCUCUGUGUUUAAUGGAUGGGGUGGAAGGGGUUAGGUGCUAGUGAGGUCGUGUUAAAGCAGCAUGGAGGUUCAGGAACCUGGCCAGCUGAGGUUACCUUCUUAUAUAUCUGGCCUGUCUCCUACCCUGCUGCUGCUGCAGCUCAAACCAACAUUCCUCAUGGACCACCUUCUUCCUGACACACACACACAAACACACCGGCUUGACUCUCCCUUUCAGAUCUGGAGCACUCAGCAAGGAGGGGGAUGGUCUCGUCUGCUACAUAUGACCCCUUCUGGCUGUGUUAAGGUUGUACUCCCUCCUCCUUCACAAGAUGUUGGAGCCAUCAGCACCUUAUGUGUCCUUAUUUUGAAGCUUUAUGGGUGAAUGAAAAAUACUAGCGGAUAGAACUACAAGCAGUUGAAGAUACAGCACCAUUGUUGAUUUUUAUGAACGGUUUUAUUGUAGAUAAAAUAAUAUAAAUAUUUAUGUUGUUUUCUGUCCAAGCACACACUAAGAAGGGAAACAUGGUUUUGCACUACGCAGCACUGCAUGGGUCAGUGGGUUCUGCACAUUGAUUCGAUCAAUAAGAGUUGGAGCGACCAGGCCAGAGUGCUGCGCUCUCUACUGGGGCCUUUUUCUUGUCGGGGUGGAGAUGAGGAACAUUAGUGCACUGGAGCAUUAGUGCACAGGAGCAUUAGUGCACAGGAGCAUUAGUGCACAGGAGCAUUAGUGCACAGGAGCAUUAGUGCACAGGAGCAUUAGUGCACAGGAGCAUUAGUGCACAGGAGCAUUAGUGCACAGGAGCAUUAGUGCACAGGAGCAUUAGUGCACUGGAGCAGAGACAAGUGCAAAUGUGAGCAUUAUCAUCAGUUCUACUCGCACCAGUUCAUGCCAGGUCCGGUUCACCCCAGAGAUAUAACAAUUACUGGUUUAACUAAUCCUAGAGCACACACUUGGUUUGGUUUGACUCAAAAUGUCAUAUGGGUGGAAGGGUUUUAAUGUACUGUAUAAUGAAUCUAAAAGGAUGCUUAAAAUGACUCUACCUGAAGGUAUGCUGACUGCAGAUGUAACAAUAACUUCUCCCAUUCUGAUUUCAAUCUUCCAUGUCUGUGCCUGUACCUGACUUUGAUAUGCCUUUAGAUAAAUACAAGUUUAAGUUUCAUUUGUCACAUGCACAACAUGCUUGACUUGAAAACCCUACCCAACAGUGCAGUAUUAUAUACCUCAGGUACGGUAGCUCA